AUGGCGGAGCGCGGUCAGCUCCCUCCCCCCGCCAAGCGCCUCUGCUGCAGACCGGGCUACGGCGCCGGGUGCAGGCCGGGCCAGCGGACGGUGGGCGGCGGCGAAGGGGGCCUGGGCGGCGGCGGGACGCUGUGCCUGGCGGGACCCUCCUCCUCCGCCGCCGCCUCAUCCUCGGCCGCCGUUGCGCUCUCGCCCGCCCUGGCCGCCGCCUAUGCUGCGCUGGGGGUGCUGCCGCUGGGCAAGACGCAGAGCCCGGAGUCGCUGCUGGACAUUGCGGCGCGGCGGGUGGCGGAGAAGUGGCCCUUCCAGCGGGUAGAGGAGCGGUUCGAGCGCAUCCCGGAGCCCGUCCAGCGCCGCAUCGUCUACUGGUCCUUCCCCCGCAGCGAGAGGGAGAUCUGCAUGUACUCCUCCUUCAACACCGGCGCCGCCGCCGAGGACGCCGCCGCCGCCAGCAGUCCCUCGACCGCCACAGCCGCCGCUCCGGGCGCAGGAUCUACCGCCGUCGGGUCCACCGGCGCCGCCGGCACCGCCUCGGUCGCGGCCGGCAACAGCGGCGCCGCCAGCAGUAACGCUGCGCCCGGGGGCGGCGGAGCAGCGGACGCCGCCGCCGACGAAAACCGCCUGCCGUUCCGCAGGGGGAUCGCGCUGCUCGACGGCGGCUGCGUCGACAACGUCCUGCAAGUCGGUUUCCACCUGAGUGGCACAGUGACCGAGCCUGCAAUGCAGUCGGAGCCAGAAACUGUUUGCAAUGUAGCUAUCAGCUUUGAUCGUUGCAAGAUUACCUCAGUGACCUGUAGCUGUGGAAACAAAGACAUAUUUUACUGUGCCCACGUCGUGGCUCUUUCUUUAUAUCGGAUCCGCAAGCCAGAUCAGGUCAAACUGCAUCUUCCCAUUUCAGAGACUCUAUUUCAGAUGAACAGAGACCAGCUACAGAAGUUUGUACAGUAUUUGAUCACAGUGCACCACACAGAAGUUUUGCCAACUGCUCAGAAAUUAGCAGAUGAAAUCCUUUCUCAAAACUCGGAGAUCAAUCAAGUUCACGGUGCCCCUGAUCCAACAGCAGGUGCUAGCAUAGAUGAUGAGAAUUGUUGGCAUCUGGAUGAAGAGCAGGUCCAGGAGCAGGUUAAACUCUUCCUCUCCCAGGGUGGAUACCAUGGAUCAGGGAAGCAGCUCAACUUGCUUUUUGCAAAGGUGCGAGAGAUGUUAAAGAUGAGAGAUUCCAACGGUGCUCGGAUGCUGACGUUGAUAACAGAACAGUUCAUGGCUGACCCAUGCCUGUCACUGUGGAGGCAACAAGGAACAGCGAUGACGGACAAGUACAGGCAGCUUUGGGACGAGCUAGGUGCUCUUUGGAUGUGCAUAGUCUUAAAUCCCCAUUGCAAAGUGGAGCAGAAGGCCAGUUGGUUGAAGCAGCUAAAAAAAUGGAACAAUGUUGAUGUUUGUCCCUGGGAAGAUGGGAACCAUGGAAACGAUCUGCCCAGUCUAACCAAUGCUUUGCCUCAUGGUGCAAAUGCAAUCCAAGAUUCAUCAAACAGGUCUCACCGGACAGUGUUCACUCGAGCCAUUGAGGCAUGUGAUCUUCACUGGCAGGACAGCCACUUGCAGCACAUAAUCAGCAGUGACCUGUACACCAACUACUGUUACCAUGAUGAUGCCGAAAACUCGCUUUUUGACUCUCACGGGUGGCCCCUCUGGCAUGAACAUGUGCCUACGGCCUGUGCAAGGGUUGAUGCAUUAAGAUCUCAUGGCUAUCCGAGAGAGGCACUGCGACUGGCAAUAGCUAUUGUUAAUACCCUAAGGAGGCAGCAGCAGAAGCAGCUGGAAAUGUUCCGGUUUCAGAAGAAAGAACUUCUCCACAAAGGAGUAACCUCUAUAACUAACCUGGAAGGCUGGGUUGGGCACCCCCUGGAUCCAAUUGGCACUCUUUUCGGUAGCCUUAUGGAAGCCUGUCGGGUGGAUGAAGAGAGCUUCCAUGUGUUCUCGGACUUCACAGAGAAUAUGGGCCAGUGCAAAUCUCUGGAGUACUAUCAUCUGCCUGCGCACAAGUUCUUAGAAGAAGGAGAAUCUUACUUAACUCUGGCUGUGGAAGUGGCAUUGAUUGGGCUGGGGCAGCAGCGGAUCAUGCCAGACGGCUUGUACGCACAAGAGAAAGUUUGUCGGAAUGAGGAGCAGUUGAUUUCAAAGCUGCAGGAAAUUGAACUGGAUGACACGUUGGUGAAGAUUUUCCAAAAGCAAGCAGUCUUCCUAUUAGAAGCUGGGCCUUAUAGUGGUCUAGGUGAAAUCAUCCAUCGAGAGAGUGUUCCAAUGCACACAUAUGCCAAGUAUCUCUUCACCUCUCUCCUACCUCAUGAUGCUGAACUGGCAUACAAAACUGCACUGAGAGCAAUGCGGUUACUAGUAUUGGAAUCGACAGCUCCAUCGGGAGACAUGUCCCGCCCACAUCAUAUUGCAUCAGUGGUUCCAAACCGGUAUCCCCGUUGGUUCACCCUAAGUCACAUUGAAUCUCAGCAGUGCGAGUUGGCAUCAACAAUGCUAACAGCAGCCAAAGGUGACGUUCGAAGGCUUGAAACAGUGUUAGAAUCUAUCCAGAAAAACAUUCACUCCUCAGCACACAUCUUCAAGCUUGCCCAAGAUGCAUUCAAAAUAGCAACUCUUAUGGACAGCUUGCCAGAUAUCACCCUUUUGAAAGUGUCACUGGAGCUGGGUCUUCAGGUGAUGCGGAUGACAUUAUCAACAUUGAAUUGGCGGCGGCGGGAGAUGGUGAGAUGGUUGGUAACAUGUGCAACAGAAGUAGGUGUUUAUGCACUGGAUAGCAUCAUGCAAAGCUGGUUUACACUUUUUACUCCAACUGAAGCUACUAGUAUUGUUGCUACCACAGUGAUGUCCAACAGCACCAUAGUCCGCUUGCAUCUAGACUGCCAUCAGCAGGAGAAACUGGCCAGCAGUGCUAGGACGCUUGCUCUUCAGUGUGCCAUGAAGGAUCCUCAGAACUGUGCCCUCUCUGCACUGACCUUAUGUGAAAAGGAUCAUAUAGCUUUUGAGACUGCUUACCAAAUUGUUCUUGAUGCUGCUGCAACCGGUAUGAGCUACACGCAGCUUUUCACCAUAGCACGCUACAUGGAACAUCGUGGUUACCCAAUGCGGGCCUACAAACUAGCCACGUUGGCCAUGACGCAUCUCAACCUGAGUUACAAUCAGGACACGCACCCUGCCAUUAACGAUGUUUUAUGGGCGUGUGCGCUUAGCCAUUCCCUUGGGAAAAAUGAGCUAGCAGCUAUAAUACCUCUUGUGGUCAAAAGUGUCAAAUGUGCAACAGUGCUGUCGGACAUCUUGCGUAGAUGUACUUUGACCACUCCUGGAAUGGUGGGACUUCAUGGGCGAAGGAACUCUGGCAAGCUCAUGUCAUUGGACAAAGCCCCCCUAAGGCAACUUCUGGAUGCCACAAUCGGAGCUUAUAUUAAUACCACACACUCUCGGCUCACGCACAUCAGUCCACGGCAUUACAGUGAGUUUAUAGAAUUCCUGAGUAAGGCCCGAGAGACUUUCUUAAUGGCUCACGACGGACACAUUCAGUUUACACAGUUCAUCGACAACUUAAAACAAAUCUACAAAGGCAAAAAGAAACUGAUGAUGUUGGUUCGUGAACGGUUUGGUUGAUAAAAUGUGUGAAUGGGGAAGGGGGGAGGACUGGGGGGGGGGUGAUAUGUUUUUACUUGAGCCUGCCUUUGUAUCCUUUUUAACUUAAAAAACCCAGAGCCACACCGGUAUUAUAUGUGUAUAGUUAUAUACUGAGUUUGCAAAACUAAAUUGUCAUGUUGUGAAAGUUUGUGUAUUUUUUUUCCUUUUUCUGUUUUUUUUUUUUUAUGAAUGAUUGAGAGGCUUAAAAAACAAGUUUGGUUUACACUGAGUAUAUGUUGUCAAGUGGCAAAAGCCCACAGAGCUCUCCUAUUCCUUCUGUAUACGUUCACAGCCUCAAAACAAAAUAUAUAUAUUGCAAUGGCUUUAAAAAGAAGAGAAAAAAACCAAACAAAAACACCUCCAUCCUGUGAUAAGUACCUCGAAUGGCUCCAGCUUUACUCCUUUGUAACUCAUCCCGACAUUUCAGCUUACUUAAAUGAACCAACCACACAGAAAAUAACAAAUAGUUUCAAAGGCUGACCCACGUGGCUUUGCAGUGCUUGUUCAUCCGGAAGCAUGGCACACGGUUUGCUUGUGCAUGUGGAAACUUAGCGACUGUCAACAUACAUUCUCAGGGAUUUAUCUGAAAAAAAAAAUUAAAGAAUGAGAGCAUUUAUUGUACUGUAUAUAUAUUAUAGUAUAUGUCGGAAUAUUGAGAAAAAAUAUAACAUUAACUAAUUUAUAAAAAAAAUUCUAUAAUGCAAAAUACUUGAAGCUGCAGUAGCUUGGUUUUAAAUAAAAACAAGAAAAUGUAUUUGAAAAGACACAAGGGCGCCGAGCUUCAGAGCUGGCUCAGGUGAUGAACGGAAAAUGCUGGGCAUCUAUGCAGAGCCACCUUUUGGAUUGCAUUGUUGGCUGGAAAUUGGGGAAAAAAUUAUACAUAUAUAUAUUUAUGCAGACUAGUGUAUGCAUAUAUGUAUGUAUACACACUCGUGCGCUUCUAACUGGCUCCAUAGUGAAGAGGGGACAACAACCCGGAGUAGCAAGCCUUAGCAUUAAGAAUACAGUAUGCCGGAUUUGGGGUUUGUGCCUCCUAGCCUAGAAAACUUAGAUAACUUUUUUUUCCCACACACACACACAGGGUAGUUACAGAUGACUGCUUACUGCAUGGUUAUCACUUGUCAAUGGAUUGUGAUGCGCACCACAGCAGUAUGGGAUUCUAGUUGCCUGUAGCAUCUAGCCAAGUGUUGAGAUGAUUUUUAUCAUUAGUCUUCAGCCCAACAAAUGGGCGGGCAGUCUGGUGUGAUAAAGAUGGUCUUGUCCUUAGCUGGUAACUGAAAAUGGACAGUUUCCUAAGUGGCUCAUGUGUUCCACAGUUGGUUCACAGAUGGCAACCAUGUGGCACAGUCUUGCGUGUAGCUACCAACAAUGUUUUCCAAAAUGAUUGACAUAAUACAUUACGCCUUUGCAGUGAGCUAAUAAUAAGCUAACCUUUGUGCACAAAUAACAUAUAUAUUAUAUAUAUAUAUAUAUAUAAAUAUAUUCUGCAUAGGUAUUUGACUUUGUGCAGGACAGAAAGUUGUGUAGGUAUGACUGUUCUACUUUUCAGUUUGUUUUUUAAUACUUUUAUUUCCUCUAGAAUUACUUCAAACAAAAGCAGCCUUCUCUCUUGCCUUGUCUUAAUGCUUUAAAAUAACCAAACUGGAGAUCUAACUACCAAACUGUUCAUUAUAUUAUUAUAUCUACUUUGGUUACAGUAUAGUGUCUUUUACUUUAGCUGAUGGUUCUGUAUCCUUGUGCUUUUUAAAGCAAUUUUUUAACAUUUUGGUGCAAAAGUUGUCCUGUGUCUCUUGUUCCCUUCAUUAGAGAACAUGCUAGAGGUAUGUUUGUAGAUUUUUUUUUGUUUAGAGGGGAAAAAACUUGUUUCAUGCUCUCCAUUUUAUUUAUUAUACUAGGAAAAAGGUUGUACUUCAUCACCCAUGUAAACAUGCUCAUGAAGUUGAAAGUAAUUAAGAUUUGAUACACUGAUAUCAAUUUAUUUAUGUAACUAAAUCACUGUUUUAUAAACUUGUUAAUGAUCAACAAUUUUUUGUUUUGAUUAAAAUUAGUUUUUUGAAAGUUGA